UCGCGGUGGGUACCAUGUGGCGUGGGGGCAAGUAAAGCUGCGGUCCGGGGCAGAACGGGCCGGCUGGGCACGGCACGGCACGGCACGGCUCGGCUCGGCUCUCACCUCCCCACGGCGGCGUGGCCGGCGGCUGCUGAGCCUGGAGGGAGCUGGGCGGGGGCGAGGAGGAGGGGCCGGCGUGGGGCUCCCCGCGGAGAGCGCCACGCCUGCGGUCCGUUCCACAGGGCCACCCGCGGAGCAUGGCCGGCCGAGGCGCAGGCAGCGGCCCGCAGCCGUCCGCCGUGGCACAGCCGCUCACCGGCGGUCAUUUGUACCCUUUCGUGAGCACGGAGAGCGAGGGGCCCGAGGAGGAGGGGGAGCUGUCGGAACUGCGGCCGCGGGGCAGGGAGAAGGUCCGGCGGAGCGCGUCGAGGGACAGGCUAGAUGAUAUAGUGCUGCUGACGAAGGACAUCCGGGAAGGGGACACGCUGAACGCGAUCGCGCUGCAGUUCUGCUGCUCCGUUGCAGAUAUCAAGAGAGUUAACAAUCUUAUCAACGAUCAAGAUUUUUUUGCCCUGAGGUCUAUCAGAAUUCCAGUGAAAAAGUUCAGUGUAUUGACUGAAACCCAUAUAUCUCCAAAAGGAAGACCAGCUCUUCGGCCUGCUCUGUGUUCCCCAGAAGUACAGGAAACAUCUCUUUGUGAUAAAUUCUCUGCUAAUGAGACUGCUGGCAACUUCUUAAAAGAAGUCGAUCGAGAUAUAGAAGAAAUAGUGAAGUGUAAUGAUACAAAGAGAGAGAAUCUGAAUGAAGUUGUUUCUGCUUUAGCAGCCCAACAGAUCUGUUUUGAAACUGAUGGUAAAACUAAAAAAUGCAAGGAUCCUUACUAUGGAGCAGACUGGGGUAUAGGAUGGUGGACAGCAGUAGUAAUAAUGUUGAUUAUUGGCAUAGUAACUCCAGUUUUUUAUCUCCUGUAUUAUGAAGUUCUAGUGAAAGCAGAUGUCAGUCACCAUUUUCCAAUGGAAUCUUCUCAUUUGUUUGUCACAGCAGUAUCACAUCAGAAAGAAACAGAAAAUGGAAUAAAUCCAACAAAUAUUAUGAAAGUUGAUAAUCAAGGAGACCUUCAGCAUUAAUAGUGGAAGACCCUAGACAACUGUUGUUUGUAGAUUACAUAGGUAAAGGGGAAUCCACAGAAUGCAAAAUGCACUUGGAAUGCAGAGAAAUGUACUGAUGUGUGACUUGCCUUUAUGGGCAGUGUUCCACAACAAGGAUGUUUCUGGGGAUCACAUAAUCUGAAUAUGCCUGAGAUAGAUAAUUUACAAGACUGGGGUGUAUAUUAAGGUAUGAAGUAAUCUCUAAAGCUUUGCACCUUUUUCUGUUUUGAUAGGCAUGUUUCUUAAUUAAUGAUGAGGUGAAAAAAUAUAGUUCAAACUAACACA